GAGAGGCAGAAGAAGGCAGGAAGGAAGCGACGAAUGAAAGGCUGCUCCAACUCUGCCAGCUCUCUUUUAAUUUUACUGCGGACCUAACAGGACAGCAGCCUCCAAAACUUUACAAACAUCUCCUUUUCUUUUUGCAUUUUAGUUAUUUUAUUGAGUCGGUCUCUGUUUAUUAAACGCUGCCAGCUGACUUUGACGCAAUAUGUCUCCAGAGAAAACCUUCAAACAAAGGAGGACGUUCGAGCAGCGAGUAGAAGACGUCAGACUGAUCCAGGACCAGCACCCCAACAAGAUUCCUGUGAUCAUUGAGAGAUAUAAAGGAGAAAAACAGCUGCCCAUCCUGGAUAAGACCAAAUUCCUGGUGCCAGACCACGUCAACAUGAGUGAACUAAUCAAGAUCAUCAGGAGGCGCCUCCAGCUCAACUCAAACCAGGCAUUCUUUCUGCUGGUUAACGGCCACAGCAUGGUGUCUGUGUCUGCGCCCAUCUCCGAGGUCUAUGAGCGAGAGAAGGAUCAGGACGGCUUCCUGUACAUGGUGUAUGCCUCUCAGGAGACUUUCGGCCACCACAGCACGGGCAACCUGGAUCUGUCGGGGUCCUUACCUUCAGUGUUGUAGCUCUGCAGCCCCUCAGCAGGAUUAAUGUCCAUGUGUAUAUAUAUAUAUACAUAUAUAUACGUUACAGGUAGCGAGGUCACAUCUAGGUGGGGAAUGCUCCUCCACUUCUCUAUGGAUCCAUUUAUAUAAAACGCUUACAUUAAACAGUUACUGAAGCCAGCUUUAGGGUUUGGGAGGGAUAGGAUGAGGAGGCUGGGUUCUGAUGUUUUUAUGCAGGUUUUUAUUGAAAGUGUGGGGAUUUUUUUUUUCUUUGCUUCUUUGGAACUUCUGAAACUAGAUAGAGUAGAUCUUUCAUGUCCGCUGCUUCCACAUUCCCAUCGUGGUCCUAAUUGCCUGAUAUUAUUCCUGUCCCUUUCUGACAUCUUUGCUGCAACUAAGAUUAUUGGAAACUGCUUCGCUCUUAGAACAGAUGAUCGUAGUUUGCAUAAAGUACACAGAGAUUUAAGAAGACGGAUAUUAAACAGCGUCCCGAGGAGUGUCGCCAAGUCGAGUUUUGGAAGCACUACAAGGAGCUGAUUCCACGUGUGAACAGAGGAUGACGAUGUUUCUGCGAAGGAAGGGGAGGGAUGUUGUGUCCUCGUCUUCUUUGCUUUAUUUCUUCCUUCGGAGAAAUUCCCGGUAAAAGUUCAGUUAAAAGCUCUUUAAAUGCGGGAAUCUACCACCUCUUCUGUGGGUUUAUUUUAAAGGGCUGAACUGUGGAUUAACUCGCCUUUCCUCCUGCCGUCAUGCACCUCCUCUUCAUACUCGCAGCCUAUUGAGGUUUAGCUGCUUUAUACCGAAGUGUUAUUGUUUUGUUUUAUUUAAAGUGAUUUUAAUCUAUGGUUUUUGACUCUGCAGUUUGUAAAGUGACCUGUCGGCGUGUUUGUUACAGAGGGGUGGAGCAUUCGUUGAAAAGAUGCACAUCCUGCCCGCCCCUUUGUUUCUCUCACACAUUCAGCAAUACAGCAUUGUUUUAUGUAUUUAUGUUGGACCAUUGUAAACAAUAAAAA